AUGUCUCAUGAGAUUCUGUACCGAAAAAAGAGACACGGUGUAACGGUGCUUUUGGACCUGAAAGCCUUUUAUGAGAAUGUCUCUCACCACACUUUUGUGGCCCAGGCCCUUGCCCUUGAGGUACCCCCGCUCAUUUUAAAUGCUGCAAUCUCACUUUACAGUGCGCCGAGAUGGAUCAGUGCUGAAAAAUGUAUCUCUGGGCCUAUCAAGCCGACGAAGGGCUUGGUAGCUGGUUGCCCCUUUGCCCCGGGACUCAGCAAGAUCCCCUUUGACAGCAUUUUACGCCCGGCAUGGAAUACGGGGCUAGCCAAAACCAUUGACCUUUAUGUCGAUGACACCAGUUUUGACACUGAAGCUGCUAGCCCUGAGCUAGCUGCGCGAAGGGCAGCGCAGCUGUACAAAGCUGUGGUGGGGGGCUUAGAGCAAGCUGGACUUCCCAUCAGCAUUGGCAAGACGGCCUUUGUGUGUUCGUCAAGGAAGGUUGAGGCUGCCUUAAAAGGGUACCUUCCUGCGUCUGAACAAAUCAAGGAUGCUGCCAAGGACUUGGGCAUUGAUUGCACUGCUGGUCGAAGGAGACGUAUCCCGGUGCACCGGAAAAGGUUUGGUAAGGGGGUUAGGCGCAUGUCGCUGGGUUCGGUGGAUCUGACGAUCGACCAUGCCGCACCUAAGCGACCGGACCCGGCUUACACGAUUAUCUCCCAGCACUUCAAAGCGAUCCACCGGUUGCUGUGUUUUAUCCCUGACAGGCAAAAACAGCAUUUUGAGGACAUACUGCCUGACAUGUGGAUGGAGUACCAGCAAGCCGAAAAUCCCUGGAAGCGCGCUGCUGGUCCAGUAGGGGCACUGCUGUGUUACCUGGUUGACUUGGGUUGGACCCCGGUCAGUGCAUCAGCAUGGAAAUGCCCGGAAGACACAUGUCAGAUCACCACUAAGGUCGGCAUGCACCAUCUACUGUGCUCCCUUGCCUUGGAAACGGAUAGGUGGAGGCAUACUCGCAUUGCCCAGCAGGAUUCCCUCUCGCCCCUCUUGACUGGAAUCGAUUGGCACCCGCUCAAAAAGCUUAGAAGUAGGCUGCCGCCGCAGCACAAAACAUCGCUCAUGGCGGUGUGGCAGGGUGCAAUCCGGGCAGACCCAUGUGCGACCUGCCUCACGUGUGGAUGCGCUGCAACUUUGAAUCAUGUGCUAUGGGAGUGUUCCUGGUGGCUAACCAACCUCCCAGAGCCCCCUGCUUUUGAAAGAUUCAGAAAAGAGUGGCCGAUUUCCUCCUUAUGGUCUAGGGGGAUGACCCCGGCCACCUCCUACCCUGACGAUGGCCAAUGGGUGCGCACAACGGGGGCGUGGAAUGAAUCUCAGCUCAUCAGUGGAGAAGGGGUUUAUUUUGCCACCGAUGGCUCCCCAGGCCGAUCCAAGGAUGUCCGAUUCCAUCGCUACACGUGGGCUGCAAUUGCCUUUAGACUGGAUGAUGCUGAACCUGCUGUUAUUGCAACGGCGGUUGGUACCUUGCAAACCCCGCUUUCGGUGUUCCGGGCGGAGGCGGCUGCUGUUAAAUUUGUUGCCGAGCACACUCAAGGGGAUGUUGACCUCACAAUGGAUUGUAAAGGGAUUCUCCCUAGGAUCCAGGGGAAACCUUCCAUCCAUUCGGCUGAUCUUUUCGAGCCCAUCAGGGAGCAUUCCCACAGAAUCCGCCCCACUUGGAUUGCGUCGCACCUUUCGGUUCCCAAGUUCAUUGCGCGGUUUGGUGCCAACCAACUCUGGCGCAGGCGGGCCAAUGAGCUGGUCGACCGCCUGGUGGGUGAAGCGGCUGAACAAAGAAGAGAUCCCAUCUAUGAGUCCAGCAUCAAGAAGCUGGAUGCUGUGAUCACUCAGGUCAACACCUUGUUGGCCAAGCGCUCUGCAGCCCUUUUCUCUUAUGACAAGGACCAGGGCCCUCAGGUGCAGUGGCCGGAUGAGGACCAGCGGAAAGCUCGGGCGAAGCCUCGUGUUCGUGAUUCUGCUGUCAUCAAAACGAAGAAAUUUUCAAAGGAAAAGGGACCUAAUAAGCGGCUGCAACUUGAAAACUUGAUUGCUGGUAAACAACAGCUAGGGCAUGCUUGGGUUGAAGGGAGUCGGAAGCCGUCUAAUCUGACUGCUAAAUGUUCGAAGUGUGGACUGUAUAUCCAGCAGACAGACCCCAUUCAUGCCUUCUCCGUUAAGUCCUCGCACCCGUGCCUUGGAGUCCCAGCUGACCCCCCCCCAUGGGGCCCUCACCCUGACCACGUGUGGGUUAAUUUGGGGGUGUCGUGGGUUUGUUCCAAGUGUGACAGGAUGGUCAAGGUAGGAGCCCGCAAAAUUCCCUCUUGGAUUGGCCAACCCUGUAAGCCUAAUGUGAGUAAAGCUGCAACGGCUAGUUCCAAAAAGGCGAAGGAGGUGACUGACACUGGUGUUAGGAGUGUGAAGUCUUUCUUCCAGCCUACGGCCAGUCAGGAACCACAUGCCCGGAACGUGCUCCCGAAACCGAAACCCAAAUCAAAAUCGAAGCAGUCUGGGCUGAACCCCCCGCCUCCUAGGCGGAGAAGGGUGGAACCACAGGACGAGCAAGCCCCUGAGCCCGGGCCACAACACGUGCAACCCCCUGAGCCCUUGGUGGAUAACCAGGCUCAGGGGAUGAGGAAUCCUGGAGUCGUGCUUCGGGAAAAUCCUCAGCUUGAGCAGCACAAUCCUGUGCACCGCCCCCCAGCCGUGGUGGCAAACCAGGCUGAGAGGGAUGAAGCUCCUGGAAUUGUCCUUCGGGAGAAUCCCCAUGCACCUGGGGCUGGUCCGGUUUUGGGUGCCCCAGACCAGGACAGCUGCUCUGAAGAAAGCGAGGAGGAGCCAAUGGUGCCUGAUCCCAUUGUGCAUCCGGAGCCUCCCCCAGCACCGCCAGCUGCGCCUAUGCUGCCCGCCCCGUUGAACUUUGAUGCUAUGGAUCAGGAAGCGGGCGCAGCCUUUGCUAUUGCUGAGAGGGCUCGCAAUACCAAGCCAGGCUUGGUGGCUUUCAAAUCCGAUCUGGGCUAUGCUGGUGUCUUCCAGGCCCUCCCCAAGGACCUGAUCCACGUGUGGUUCAAUGACACGGGGGACAGCACUGCGGCGUAUAUCCACAAUGGAAGAACCAGGUACGGAUAUGAUGUUGGCGGUGGCUACGUCUUGAAGGUUGGGACGAAGCAGGCGUUUGGGGAUGAGGUGGCGAUUUCGGCCUUGCUUCCUAAGGUGGCAGCCACCAUCAUUGGGGCUGGAUCAACGACACUGCAGGUGCUGCUCUCUGGGCGACCAUGGGAGUUCAGGUCCCAUUUGGUGGCUUGCUAG